UCGAAUUUAUGCUUUUAAAUAAUUUGUAGAUCGGACUUAUUAAAUCCAUAUUUUCAAUUUGGAAUCCAGUGAAAUAAUCGCAUUUGUAUAUUUUAUAGAAUGCAAUCAAUUAGGCAAUAUCAUUUUCAAAAAUAUUUCACACCUGUACUGUGCUCAUCUUCUAAUUUUAAUACACAGUUUACACGGAGAAAUAUUUCUCAUGAUGACAGGCGAAUAACGAAAGGACUUGUCAUUGGUGUGUACAUUAAAGAUGACGACAAAGUCCCUAAAUUAACAACGAGUGGCGAAAAAUUUGAUGAUCGCGUACAGGGCAAACUCACGGAAUUGAUACGAGAAUGGAGUAUAACAGGUGCAUUAGGCAAAGGAAAAGUUUUUAAUAAUUUAGACCCUGAAUAUCGAUCUGUAGCUGUAGUUGGCGCCGGUAACGAUGGUGUUGGAUACAAUGAAAUGGAAGUGAUUGAUGAAGGAAUGGAAAAUGCUCGUGUAGCUGCUGGUAUAGGUGCACGUAGUUUACAAUAUCAGGGUUGUUCUGAAAUAUUUAUGGACUCCCUAGAUUAUCCCGAACAAGCAGCAGAAGGUGCUGCCUUAGCUAUGUAUCGAUAUUCCGAUUUUAAACGUCCAAAACAUCGCAUACCUCUUCCAAAGCUAGAAUUAUAUGAUUCUCCAGAUGUUGAUGCUUGGACUCGUGGUUUAUUUAAGGCGGAAGCACAAAAUUUAGCGCGACGUUUAACCGAUACUCCAGCAAAUCAAAUGACACCCACUGCUUUAGCACAAGCUGCAGUAGAUGCAUUGUGUCCUUGCGGAGUCUCUGUUGAAAUUCGUACAAUGGAAUGGAUUGAACAAGUGAACUUAAAUUCGUUUUUAGCAAUUGCAAAAGGUUCGUGUGAACCACCAGUGUUACUUGAAGUUUCUUACUGUGGAACAUCACCGGAGGAUAAACCCAUACUGCUGCUAGGCAAGGGCAUAACAUUUAAUAGUGGUGGUCUCUCUUUGCGCAAAGCUUUGCGCAUGGAUCAAUAUCGUGGUUCUAUGGCUGGUGCUGCAACAGUCAUAGCUGCAAUACGCGCAGCAGCAGCUCUGUCAUUGCCAAUUAAUGUUACCGGUAUUUUACCAGUGUGUGAGAAUAUGCCCUCAGGCAUGGCAGUAAAACCCGGUGACGUUAUAACUUUGUUAAAUAAAAAAACAAUGGGUAUUCGUGAUAUUGAUAAGGCCGGUGUUGUUGUGAUGGCCGAUCCACUCAUAUAUGCUCAAGUUGCUUAUAAACCCCGCCUUGUAGUGGAUGUUGCAACUUUAAGUACUGGUGUAGUAAAAGGUUUGGGUGGUGGAGCAACUGCAGUAUUUUCUAACUCUAAUUAUAUAUGGAAACAAUUCGAGAAGGCCGGUUCGCUUUCAGGUGACAGGAUGUGGCGAUUUCCACUGUGGAAAUAUUAUAAAAAGCUUGUGACAAAGAGUAAUAGCGUUGAUAUUACUAAUAAUGGAAAAGGUCCAGCUUCUGGUUGCCUAGCAGCAGCUGUAUUACAUGAACUUGUGCCAUGCGUUGACUGGGCCCACCUGGACACACGAGGUGUUGGACUGCUUACGCAGCAUGGAACUUUGCCAUAUCUGCUCAAAAAUAGAAUGACCGGACGCCCCACUCGCACUAUAAUUCAAUUCCUGUUUCAAAUGGCUUGCCCGGAGAAAUAAAUGUCUCCUACAUAAGAACAAACUAAAUUCAAAAUUCUUUUUCGAUUCAUGCAAUUUCCAAAUGUUUCAUGACUUUGUUAUCUUUCUAUAUGAGUCUAUACCACCUUUUAAUUGCCAAAGAAUAUAUAUUUAAUAAAGUUUUUGA